GUGGCAGGACCUGAGCAUUGCUCAGAGGACCCUGUACAGGGAUGUAAUGUUGGAGAUCUAUAGCAGCCUUCUGUUCUUGGGGUCUGUGUGUUGACUCCGCGCCUCUUGCCCCUACCACGCUGCUCCUCUCAGAAACGAACCCACUGCAACAUUGUUGAGAAAUCAACAGAAACAUCUGGCGCCCAACAUGGGGCUCGAACCCACGACCCUGGGAUUAAGAGUCUCAUGCUCUAGUGACCAGAACCAGCUGAACAUCUGGUAUGCCAGCGUGACUGAGAAAGAGACAGUGUGUCGGACUCGGUGAGGUCCCCCCUGGAUUUCAGCAAGAAAGCCCCUCGGUGUUCUGUGUGCUGUUCGGUUCUGUGAGGGUGAGCACAGAACCCCCUCCUAUGCCCCUUUCCUUGUCCUUGUCCUCGGUCUAAGUGACCCCAGGUUAGCACAUACCGCCCAGAAGCGUACAUCGCUUCUCGGCUCCUCCUUUUACUUUUGGUUCGCCUGGCGAAUUCACAUAAGGGACUGAUCAUCCCAGAAUUCGGAACCAAGUCAUCUUCCCUCACUCGAGAGAGGUGACACUCCGGAGACACCGUGUGGGCAUACGGCCUUGACCUAACGAAUCAAGGAAGUCCCCCACUAAGCACAGGACAUACGUACGAUCUGAUACACCACUAUCUGUUUGUCUAACGUAGGGAAACCUCUUGCAAAAUGCCAUCAACAGCUGAGGUGCUAGGAAUUUGCUUUGUUACGGCAGCAGUGCUGUAUGUGUCUUUCCUUUGGCUAGAGUUGGCGUACCGUGCCGCUCUUAAGCACUCAGACAUGGGAAAGAUACCCCCCUCUCAGAAUCUUGUGCAGAUUAUCAAAGAUAGUGAAUCUGUGAGUGAUAGGAGCCUGACACUCCAGGUCCCUGUCUCACAGACAAUGGUUGAUGACUUAGGGAAAGAGAGCUCCGACAGUGAAAAAAACAAUGUAGCAAACGACGUAGCAACGCCUAAUCAGCCACCCCCCACAUACCUGUGGGAUGAACUAAGAGGACCUCUACACAAUAACUCAUGUGAGGUCAUCCCAUCCACACCCAGUGAGGAUCCCCACAUUUAUGGCAGUACUCGGACACCCCAAGCUCUCAGGGCAGCCUCUAGAUCCCAUGCCAUCAGCAUGUUUGCUGUUAAUGUCGAAGUGUACGCAAAAUUCAGGCCCUGGAUUCCAACACCUGUAAAAAGGCUUCUAUUAACCAAGGGUCGAGGAUAUGCUUGUGUCUUUCCAGAAAAUGCGGAACAGCCCAUUUGGGUACCAGCCAGAAACAUCAAGCCUGCAAUUGACAGCCAACCAGAACCAGCUGAACAAGACCGAGAAUCCACCUUGUUAACAGACGCACCUGCCCUAUCAUCCUACCCUGAGAAACUGCCCAAAGCCAUAUCUGUUACUGUUGUGUACCCCACUAGCUCUGGUCAGCCACUCAAAUGGCCCACAGCCUGUGUGUGGUCAUGCCAUUCCUGAUAACCAUUAUUCCUCAUUCCUACCCCAUCUGAGCAAGCAAUCCUGUGGUCUCUCGAUUUGAAUGCUGGUUGGUCAAUGACGGGUAAGAUCCCCUGGGGGACAACCUAAGACAGGCACAGCUGUGUACGGAGACCACAUGGAAUCGGGGUCAACAAUGGUAUGGCCAAGAAUCAUGCCUCCCGUUGCUCAAAAAUAAACGAAAAGGGGGAAAUGUAGUGGAAUGAGAAGACCAUGCCAAGGUGGCCACUGGCAAGCGAGUGUCAGUCAGGAAUGGCUUUGAAACCCACCUGGCUUUGGAAACUGCCUGGCAACAUGCUGUGAUUGGAUGGAUUUGAAACUGCCUGGCAACAGGCUGUGAUUGGAUGGAUUUGAAACUGCCUGGCAACAGGCUGUGAUUGGAUGGCUUUGGAAACUGCCUGGCAACAGGCUGUGAUUGGUUGGGGCAUAGACCGCCCCUUGACCAGAUUGGCUGGUCUUGGCUAUAUAAGCUGUUGUACCAACUGUAAUAAAUGAGUCUGCGGGCUGCUCGCUUCAAGCCUGCUUUCACCCGACUCCCAGGGUCUGUGUGUUGACUCCGCGCCUCUUGCCCCCACCACGCUGCUCCUCUCAGAAACGAACCCACUGCAACAUUGUUGAGAAAUCAAGAGAAACACUCCUGGCUUUUGAAUGGUGCAGCUUCUGCUGUUGUGGUCACUUGGGGAGUGAACCAUCGGGUGGAAGACCUCUCUCUCCAUCUCUACCUCUCUCUUUGCAAGGCAAAAAGAUGACCUGAUUGAGGGUAACCAGCAAAGCCAAGAUAUGAAUCCUAGGCAAGAUGUAAGGACAUACAAAACAAUAUCAACUCCCAAGAGAGUUAAAUUAAGAAGAACAUUUAAUUUAAGUGCAAGUGAAAUUACAAAACUGAUUAUGAAAAAGGAAAAUGUUUCUGGAAUGAAAUCUGAGGUAUGUAAUGUAUUUCAGAAUGUGCUUCUCCUUACUGGGCCAGAUAAAAUGAAUGCUGGAGAGAAAUCUGGUGGCCCAGAUAUGCCUGGGCCAUCCCUUCCAUGCUUGGAACUUAAUCAGCAUCACAAUGUUCAAACUAUGCAGCAGCCUUUUGGACACCAUGGACAAGGAAAAACCCUCAUAAAGAAGUCACCCUUUCCAUGUGAGACCAUGCCUAUGGAAACAUCCUUUUAUAAGUAUAGUGUAGGAAAGACAACUCAGAUAGGAAUGAAAACUUUCCAUGAAAAUAACCUCCCCAAACAUGAGCAAUCCAACACAGAAAGGAAACUCUAUGAAUCUGUUAACAUUAAGGAAACUCUAAUGUGCAAAUCAGAUCAUAGAACAAAUCAGAAAACAAAUACAGGACAAAACCCUUAUGCAUAUAAACCCUGUCAGCCACCUUUUAGCUGUGAAUUAUGCUUUACUCUGCAUCACAAAAAUAAUAUCAGAAAAAAAUUUUAUGGGCAUAAUGAGUGUGAAAAAAACAUUUACCAGAAAUCAGAGUUCAUUAGAAAUCAGAAAAUUCACAUAGGGGAGAAACCUCAUGAAUGUAAUGAGUGUGGAAAAUCAUUUCGCUGGCAAUCAGAACUUAGCACACAUCAGAGAAUUCACACAGGAGAGAAACCUUAUGAAUGUAAUACAUGUGGAAAGGCCUUUUUCCGGAAGUCAGACCUCAAUAUACAUCAGAGAUUUCACACAGGGAAAAAACCUUAUGAAUGUAAUACAUGUAGAAAGGCCUUUCAUUUGAAGUCUUAUCUCAAUGCACAUCAGAAGAUUCACACAGGGGAGAAGCCUUAUGAAUGUAAUACAUGUGGAAAGACCUUUGGCUGGAAGUCAAGCCUCAAUGCACAUCAGAGAAUUCACACAGGAGAGAAACCUUAUGAAUGUCAUACAUGUGGAGAGGCCUUUUGUCGAAAGUCAGAGCUCAAAACACAUCAGAGAAUUCACACAGGGGAGAAACUCUAUGAGUGUAAUACAUGUAGAAGUGUCUUUCCUUUGAAGUCACACCUCAUUGUACAUCAGAAAAUUCACACAGGGGAGAAACCUUAUAAAUGUAAUACAUGUGGAAAGACCUUUAGCCGGAAGUCAGACCUCAACACACAUCAGAGAUUUCACACAGGGGAAAAACCUUAUGAAUGUAUUACCUGUAGAAAGGCCUUUUAUGUGAAGUCACAUCUCAACAUACAUCAGAAAAUUCACACAGGGGAGAAACCUUAUAAAUGUAAUACAUGUGGAAAGGCCUUUAGCCGGAAGUCAGACCUCAACACACAUCAGAGAUUUCACACAGGAGAGAAACCUUAUGAAUGUAAUACAUGUGGAAAGGCCUUUUACCGGAAGUCAGACCUCAAUACACAUCAGAGAUUUCAUACAAGGGAGAAACGUUAUGAAUGUAAUAUAUGUAGAAAUGUCUUUCCUUUGAAGUCACACCUCACUAUACAUCAGAAAAUGCACGCAGGGGAGAAGCCUUAUGAAUGUAAUACAUGUGGAAAGGCCUUUGGCUGGAAGUCAAGCCUCAAUGCACAUCAGAGAAUUCACACAGAAGAAAAACCUUAUGGAUGUAAUACAUGUGGAAAGGUCUUUUGCCAGAAGUCAGAGCUCAACAUACAUCAGAGAUUUCACACAAAGGAGAAACAUUAUGAAUGUAAUACAUGUAGAAAUAUCUUUCCUUUGAAGUCACACCUCAUGAUACAUCAGAAAAUUCACACAGGGCAGAAGUCUUAUGAAUCUAAUACAUGUGGAAAGGCCUUUGGCUGGAAGUCAAGCCUCAGUGCACAUCAGCCAAUUCACACAGGGGAGAGACUUUAUGAAUAUGAUGAGUGUAGAAAAGCCUUUCAUUUGAAGUCACACCUCAUUGUACAUCAGAAAACUCACAAAAGGUUGGAACCUUAUAAAUGUAAUACAUGUGGAAAGGUCUUUGGCUGGAAGUCAAGCCUCAUUACACAUCAAAGAAUUCACACAGGGGAGAAACCUUUUGAAUGUAAGACAUGUGGAAAGGCCUUUCGCCAGGUGUCAAACCUCAUUACACACCGGAGGAUUCACACAGGGGAGAAACCUUAUGAAUGUAAGACAUGUGGAAAGGCCUUUUAUGGGAAGUCAAAUCUCAUUACACAUCAAAGAAUUCACACCGGGGAGAAAAUUUAUGAAUGUAAUGAGUGUGGAAAAUCAUUUCGCUACCAGUCAGAACUCAACACUCAUCAAAGAAUUCACAGAGAGAAGAAAUAUUAUGAAUGUAAUGAAAUGUGGGAAAACAUUUCCCUGUAGUUCAAAUCUCAAAAAGCAACAGAGAAUUCACACAGGAGAAAAGCCUUUUGAAUGUACUGAAUUCAGAAAAGCCUUUUACCACAAUGCUGAUGUCAGCAAUCAGAGAAUUUACAUAGGUAAGAAGCCGUAUGAAUGUAAAACAUGGAAAGGCCUGUUACUGGAAGUCAGAUUUGAUUAUACAUCAAAGAAUUCACACAAGUGAGAGACCUUAUGAAUGUAAUGAGUUUGGAAAAUCAUUUUGUUGCCAGUCAACACAUCAGAGAAUUCACACAGGAGAAACCUUAUGAAUGUACUGAAUGUGAAAAAUGCUUUUACUGGAAUUCAUACCUCAGGAGGUAUAAGAGAAUUCACACUGGAGAAACCUUGUCAAUGUAAUGAAUGUGGAAAACACUUUACCUGGAGUUCAGAUCUCUUGAAACAUCAGAGAAUUCAGAGUCAGGAAGAAUUUCAUCAAUGUAAUGAGUCAGAGGAAGCAUUUGGCCAAAAUUCAGUCCUCAGUAUACCUAAGAGAGUGCACACAGAAAAGAAAACUUAUGCUUAUAAAUGAAAGUUGAAAGCCUUUUGGUGGAAGUCAAAGCUCAUACAUCAAAGAAUUCACCUGGGUAGAAACCUUAUUAUUGUUAAGAAUGUUGAAAAUAUUAUUUUGCCAAAAGUUUUAACUCACUACACAUCAGAGAGUUCACUUGGGAGAAACCUUAAUGAAUAAUGAAUGUGGAAAAGUGUUUUCCAAAAAGUCCACCUUCAAUAGGCAUCCUAGAAUUCAGAAAGGGGAAAAUCUUGUGAAUACAAUGAAUUUUUAAAAACCUUUUGCCAAGUUAGUGCUCAGCAGAUAUCAGAGGACUCAGACAAAGAAAAAGCAUAUUAAUAUAGUGAAUAUAAAUAACCUUUUGCCAGAAGUUAAUCUUCAGCUCAAGAUGAAUAACUCAGAGAUGAGAAUGGGUGUACAUAGGCAAACACUACUGUGAUUCAUCUCUCACUAUCUACCAAAGAACCCAUACAGAAGAAUAUAGUGGAAGUUGAAAAAUCUUUUGUUGCAAAGGGAAACUUCCACAAAUAUCAGGAAAAUCUUACAGAGAAUCACUGUGAAAGUUCAGUGUAGAUGGAAAAAUAUUGCUGAAAGGCACACCCUACUAGGUAUCAGGGAAUUCCCAUAUGGCAGUAAUCCUGUAUGACAGAGACAGGGUAUGUUUUGUUCAAAAAUGUAUUCUCCUUGACAUUCCAAUCUGCUUUUUGGCCUCCCCUUAUCAGUGGGAUAAUAUAAAUGAGCACUAUUUUCACAUGUGAAUGUUAAUAAAUCAUUCAGUCUAUAAAUUUUCA